AUGAAUAGUGUCGAUCUGAUCAGUCGGUUUUUCACGAUCAUUGAACUAGACAUUUUACCCAAGACUCGAGCUAGUAUUACAAAAGGCAAUGGUGUUUUUGGUGCAGCUAUUCUUAAAAAGUCGGACCUUUCGCUUAUUAUUGCCGAAGCCAACAAUGAAGUAGAAAAUCCACUUUGGCACGGUGAAGUAAACGUAAUCAAAAAGCUCUGGGAAAUAAAGGAUCGAUCCAGUUUCCCAAAUCCGAAAGAUUGUAUCUUUCUCAGUACUCACGAACCAUGUUCACUUUGUCUUUCGGCUAUUACUUGGGCUGGCUAUGACAAUUUCUAUUAUCUCUUCAGCUACGAAGAUAGUCGUGAUCGUUUUAAUAUGCCGUACGAUAUUCAAAUAUUAAAGGAAGUUUUCGGAAAUGUUGAAGACAAUCGUCCAUUUUACAAUCGUAGAAAUGCAUUUUGGUGCAGCUACAAUAUUCAGGAGAUGAUAAAUAGUCUCGAUGAGAAUGAUCAUGAUCGACAAAUUCUGCUCGAUCGUAUGAAUAAUAUAAUCAAAUUGUAUGCUGAACUAUCAGACGUUUAUGAAUCAAAUAAGAAGAAACCCGUAGUUUACAAAUUUUGA